AUGAGACAAUUAUUAAGAGAUAAAUUCUUACCUAGAGAUUAUAUGCAACAACUUUUUAUUAAGCUUCAGAACUGUCGACAAGGGGCCAGAUUAGUUGAAGAAUACGUUGGUGAGUUCUAUGAUUUAGUUGCUCGUAACCAAUUGAAUGAAACUGAAGAGCAAUUAGUUGCACGUUUUGUAGUUGGUUUGAAUAAUUUAAUUCAACAGGGACUGACGCAGUCCGUGUUUACAAUGGUUGAAACCAUCCAACAAGCUAUUAGAGUUGAAAGGCGUGUACUCAGUACCUCUAGACAAGCAACUCCACGUCAAGCUCGUUAUCAACACUUUUCUAAAACUGCCAGACCAUAUAAUUAUUCUUAUGGUUACCAAGGUGAAAAGGGAUCAACAGUCGUUUUUGAUCCAUCCUCACAGGGAUCAACUGUCUUUGUUGAUCCACAUGACAGAAGUGCAAACCAACCAUAUCAGCAACAACAACCUACUUCUGUUCCUUCAGAACCUUCUCCUAAAAUACAUAUCUCAUCUGCUAAGCCACCUCAGCCUCCUCCACAACGAAAUUUUGUUCGCAAUACUAAAGGUAAUCAGUUUCAACAAGAUUUUCCACCAUUAUCUAAACCCUCUAACCCUUAUUCAAAAUUUCGAGGAGAUAAAUGUAACAAGUGCAACCAAACUGGCCAUACUUAUAGUGAUUGUCGCAAAUUCCAUGCUUACAUUAAUGAAACUUCAGACGAAACACAAGAAGAAGAAGCAUUAGGAGAUGAUGAAUUAUUUUAUCUUCAAGAACAUGAGACUUAUGAUGCAGAUUUCCUUGGGAUGAUUCGAUCAAUUUUAAUCACUGAACCAUGUCCUACUCAGAGACAUAAUAUUUUCAGAUCUCAUUGUUUCAUUGAAGAGAAGCUUUGCACCAUGAUCAUUGACAGUGGAAGUACAGAAAACUAUGUUUCUGCAAAGCUAGUUGAGAAACUUGGUUUACCUGUUACUCUUCAUCCAAAACCGUAUUCAGUUGGAUGGAUAAACAACUCUUCCACUCAGCAAAUUAAUCAUCAAUGUUUGGUGAAGUUUUCUUUCCCUGGGUAUUCAGAUUAUGUUUUGUGUGAUGUUAUUAACAUGACUGCAGCAAGUUUAUUAUUGGGAAGACCAUGGCAAUAUGAUAUUCGUGCUGUUCAUAACUGCUAUGAGAAUACUUAUACCUUUGUUCAUGAAGGGUUUACUAAAGUUCUAUGGCCUUUACAAUCUUCUAAUUCAGUCAAGGAACCAUCAGAUAAGAAGACAAAUGCACUUGUUGCUACCAUUGUUCAUUCUUUACAACCAAAUCAUUCUUUGAGUUCUCAUGAAGCUGAUAAACCAAUGGUGGAAAUUCCAGACAAGGUACAACCUUUAUUAUCUUCUUUCAAUGAUUUAUUUCCUACUGAAUUAUCCAAUGUUUUGCCUCCAUUAAGAGAUCUACAACAUCAAAUUGACUUUAUACCUGGAACUUCUAUUUCUAAUCAACCUCAUUAUAGGUUAAGUCCUAAAGAACAUGAGAUUUUACAAGGUCGGGUUGAUGAUUUUUUACAAAAAGGUUUGGUAAGACUUAGCAAAAGUCUUUGUGCUAGUCCAGCCUUUUUAGUAGACAAAAAGGAUGGUGGACAUCAUAUGUGUAUAUACUGUAGAGCAUUAAACAGAGUUACUAUACCAUAUAGGUUUCCCAUACCAAGAAUUGAUGACAUGAUAGAUAUGCUUUCGGGUGCUAAAGUGUUUACAAAGCUUGAUUUACGUAGUGGAUAUCAUCAAAUACGUAUUCGAGAAGGUGAUGAAUGGAAAACAGCUUUCAAAACAAAAGAAGGUUUGUAUGAGUGGUUAGUCAUGCCUUUUGGAUUAUCUAAUGCUCCUAGUACUUUUAUGCGCCUCAUGAAUCAAGUUCUGCAACCUUUUCUUGGAAAGUUUGUCAUUGACAAUGUUUUGUAUGUGAAUCUAAAGAAGUGCACUUUCUUUACAAACAAGGUCACUUUCUUGGGAUAUGUUGUGUCGGAUACUGGUAUUUCUGUGGAUGAUUAUAAAGUUAAGGAAAUUAUGGAUUGGCCUACUCCAACAUAUAUACGUGAAGUAAGAAGUUUUCAUGGGUUAGCUUCUUUCUAUAGAAGAUUUAUGAGAAACUUUAGUACCAUUGCAGCUGGUUUGACAGAUUGUUUGAAGUGUGAUACUUUUGAGUGGAUUGAAGAAGCAGAUAAGAGCUUUAAUCUUCUUAAGGAAAAAUUGUGCAAUGCACCUGUUCUUGCCAUGCCAAAUUUUGAUAAACCUUUUGAGAUUCAUUGUGAUGCUUCUAUUGUUGGCAUUGGUGCUGUGUUAUCUCAGGAAGGACAUCCAGUUGCAUACUAUAGUGAAAAGAAUUCAGAUACAAGGAAUAAGUGGUCUACUUAUGAGUUGGAAUUAAUUGCUCUUGUUCAAGAUCUUAAGAAUUGGCAUCCUUAUCUUAUUCACAGUGAAUUUGUUGUCAAUACUGAUAAUCAAGCUCUCAAGUUUUUGAAAACUUCAGCAAAGGUCAAUAGGAUGCAUGAUAGAUGGUUAUCUACUAUUAACCAAUAUACUUUUUCCAUUAAACAUCAAAGUGGGAAACUUAAUCAAGUUGCUGAUGCUUUGAGUAGGAGAGCUCAUCUUCUGGUUACUCUUAAACAUGAGAGUUUAGCCUUUGAUUUCUUAAAAGAUUUAUAUAGUGAAGACAAAGAAUUUAAGCAACUUUGGGACAAGUGUGGUUCUUCAACAGGAAGUGUUGAUGAUUUUCUCAUUCAAGAAGGGUUUCUCUUUAAAGGAAAUCGUUUAUAUGGACAAACUGAAGUGGUCAAUCGAUCUUUAGGAAAUCUGAUUAGAGCCAAGGUUAUUGGAGGAAAAGAGAAGCAAUGGGAUAAUCUCCUUCCACAUAUGGAAUUUGCUUAUAACACUUCAGUUAAUCGAUCUACAGAUUUGGUGGUACUUCCCAAGCUGCGUAAAUCAAAUGCUAAGGCAGAUAACUUUGUUGAGAAAUCUUCACUCAUACAUCAAGAGGUACAGUCAAAGCUUGCGGAUUCUAACAACAAGUACAAGGACGAUGCCAAUCAACAUAGAAGACUUAAAACUUUUGGUGAAGGAGAAUUGGUUAUGAUUCAUCACAGAAAAGAAAGAUUUCCUGCUGGACAGAAUGAAGACGAUUCAGUGGAGUUUUGGGUUCGUAGUUGUGCUAUUGAUGGAGCAAUUUGUUGGGGGAUUCUGUUGGUGGAAUUAAGAGAUAAAUCUGGAUCGAGAUGGAAAAAUGGAAAGAAAGGUCCUGAGAUUAUGAUGUUGGAAUUGGAGGUGGUUGCUGUUGUUGGUGAAUUGUGGAUGUUGCAGAAUCAAGAUGUUGCAAGUGGUGAUUCCAAUACAGCUGAAAUGGUGAAAGAGCUUGUGGUAUAUUAA